GCCGCCGACCAGUUCAAGAUGAGGAGCCGACUGAAAAUGUCGUGCCUAACAGAACACUGUAAAGCUGCACAUUCUCUCUCCCUCAUCCGCUCUCUGUUCAUAAAUCCCUCAGAACUCCUUUCAGUGUCCUCCAGACUCUCUCUCUCUCUCUCUCUCUCUCUCUCUCUCUCUCUCUCUCCAUAAAAGGACCUUUGCUAUAUAUCCACACACAAUCCAUAACCCAUCUCCACAUUCUCACUUUGCCACCUUCCAUUAUUUCUUUACACACUCUUUUUCUCCAACAUAACCAACCAAAAGCCAAGCUCCAUCACUUACCCACUUCACAUAUCGAUCCCAAAAUGCCAUCAGAUACUUCCACCGAAACUCGAAAAUUAACCAAACCCCACACGACUGCAGCUCCACCACCAGAGCAAGAGCACCUCCCUUGCCCUCGCUGUGAUUCCACCAACACCAAAUUCUGUUAUUACAAUAACUAUAACUUCUCCCAGCCCCGCCACUUCUGUAAGUCUUGCCGCCGUUAUUGGACCCAUGGUGGCACCCUACGUGACAUCCCUGUUGGCGGCGGCACCCGCAAGAAUGCCAAGCGGUCACGUACUGCUGCUACAAUCACCGCCACAGCAGCUGAUAAUUUCUCAUUUCCCACUACCCCUGUACUGGUGCCACUCAUGACCAAUCAAGGAACGUCCGUGCAGUUUGGCUGUGGUGGUGGCGGCGGCCAUGGGAAGGAUAGCGGGAGCAGCACCACAGGUGGUUCUACAGUGUGCGGGAGCUUUACUUCUUUGUUGAAUACUCAGGGGCCUGGAUUUUUGGCGCUUGGAGGAUUUGGGCUUGGUCUAGGGUCUGGGUUUGAGGACAUGGGCUGUGGGCUUGGGAGAGGGGUGUGGCCUUUUCCUAGUGUGGGCGAUGGUGGUGCUGGGGUUGGUGGUGGCCAUGGUGGUGCUGCAGCAGGAAUGGGUAACACGUGGCAGUUUGAGAGUGGGGAUAAUGGAUUUGUUGGUGGGGAUUGCUUUUCUUGGCCUGAUCUGGCUAUUUCAACUCCUGGAAAUGGUCUUAAAUGAUGUUGUUCUUUGGGUUCUCUUCUGGGUUUUGGCCCUUUCCUUAAAAAAAAAAAAAAAAAAAAGGUUUGAGGGUUUAGUUAAUUACUACUUACCAUGCCAUCUGAUUUUGUUAGUUUUAUGAACCUCAUUUUGUUUAGUUGACAUGGUACCAUAUCUGGCUACAUAUACUUCUGAUCAUGAGCACAAUUACUUGCCAUGCUUA